UAAACCGUUCACGGCGUUAAGAAAGACAAAAUUUCGUUACUUCUUUUCCGUCAUCGUUUUCCGCCGCAAUGCUGUUAACUACCGCUUUUUCUUCGCAUUUUUCUCCUCAAAUUCCGCAAUACCGUUUUCGGUGUCAAUGCUGUAAUCCUCUUCCCGGAAAUGGUUUUCAAACUGAACGUGGUUUGGUUUUUGACACCGGGGGCGCAUUUUACCGGCAAGAGAGUGCUACUGGAAGAGACCUCGGCGUACUUGCUGCUUCGUUGCAGAAGAAGGCUACUGGAAGCUUGCGUGUUCUUGAUGCUCUCUGUGGUUGCGGGAUUCGGUCGCUUCGGUACUUGAAGGAAGCUGAAGCGGAUUUUGUUGCUGCUAAUGAUGGAAAUGAUUGCUAUGGGAGUACCAUUGUUGAGAAUUUGUCUAGGGUUUGUGCGGAAGAGGAGAAGAAAUGGGUGGUUACUCAUUUGGAAGCUAAUAGAGUUAUGACUGAUUAUUAUCUUCAGAAGAGUUUCUUUGAUUUUAUUGAUGUUGAUUCUUUUGGAAGUGAUUCUUCUUUCUUGAGGUCUGCUAUCAAUUGUAUGAAAUAUGGUGGUUUGCUUUAUGUUACUUCAACUGAUGGUUUCUCUUCUGGCGGCCACCGUCCACAUCAUUCUUUAGCUGCUUAUGGAGCAUAUGUGCGUCCUAUGCCAUAUUCGAACGAGAUUGGUUUGCGAAUGCUUAUAGGCGGGGUUGUUAGGGAGGCUGCUGUGUUGGGGUACCAUAUAACUCCGUUGUUUUCAUACUAUGCUUAUCAUGGACCUGUUUUCCGAGUCUUGCUCAGGUUGAAUCGUGGGAAGGUUCAUGAUAGUAGGCAUUAUGGUUUUAUUGGGCAUUGCCACCAGUGUGGAAAUUCCAAUGAAUUUUCUUGGGAUCAACUUGGUCAGUUCAGUUGCUCCUGCAGUGUGUCAAAGGUUUCAAAUUCCCUUAAGGUAUCAGGACCUCUUUGGACAGGGCCUCUUCAUGAUGCGGCGUAUCUUACAGACAUGUUAGAUCUGGCCAAGCAGUGGGGAUGGAUUGGCUGUGAUGGUAAAGACAGUCUUGAAAAGCUUAUAAACUUGAUGGUGGAUGAAAGUGACCCCAGGUUGCCAUCUGGGUAUAUAAAGUUGGAUGAGAUGGCAAGCCGUGCAAAAAUCAACACUCCGCCUCUGAGGACCUUGAUGAGCGCCUUGCACGAGAAAGGUUAUGCUGCCAGUAGGUCUCACAUAAUCACAAAUGCAAUUAAAACAAAUUGCCCCAUGACAGAAUUCAUUAGUAUAGCGAAAGAACUACUUCCGGUAUCUGUCUCUUAAUGGGUUGGAGUCUGAAGUUCAUCUGAAAAUUGAUUAAUGUUCAAGAUUUUGGCUAUAUCAAAUUUUUGUUGUUGCACAUUAGUCUGUUUAUAAUUUAAUUGAUAAAUGUAAUUUGUAAGUGCCAAUGAUGUCACUCUAAGUCUAACCACUACUCAAGAUUUUGGAUAAAAAUACUUUACAUCUUGUUACAUAAAACAACUAAUCUCUUCUAUUAACGUAAAAGUAUUAAAAAUUAAUGGAGAAAUACUGCAACAAUUGUAAAAAAAUAACGAAAGAAAAAUAUGACAAUCAAUGUCCUUUUUUAAUAAGUCAAAAGAUUGUAUUAAAGAUCUAUUCUAACACAAGGAGUUCUGAAAAUAAAAACAACGGAAUACAAACAAAAGAGAUACAUCUACUAAAGUGAGUUAAGACAGAAAGAAAUUUAAGU